ACACUAACAUGUUCCUCCUGCUGCACUGAUUGUGGACUGGCAUGCUCUGCCCAGCCUGGCAACAGGACUGCGUCCUUAGUGACAGAUUCCUGGCUGUUGUGCAUUUGGAAAGCAACUGGCUGCAAUUGAAACAGCAGCUGGAAACCUUUUAUAGUUUAAAGAAAAGCAAGCCGUACAGAGGACAAGACUCAGGGACAGAGCAUUUUGUGAAGAAUGGCUUCAGGGAAGAACAACCCAUAUGGGUUUAAUGAAAAUUAUGAGACUGUCACAAAAAUAAUUGGGAGCAAAUACAUCCGAUGUCAUGUAGAAAAAAAUAUUGGCAAAGCAAAGGAGGGUGUGAAAGCUGAGACACAAUCCAUGCUCCAAACAUUACCCCCAUGUAAUACAAGGCAGACACGUGGAAACGCUCCAGGCCUCAAUAAACCUCCUUGUCAACAAAUCAAUUAUGCUCUAAAUGAUGAACAACAGAACAAAGGUGAAAAGGAAGAACAUAAGUCUCAACAACCAGGGAUGAAUGAUAGCAAAUCUGUGGGCAGUAAAGAUUCAAAACCAGUAAAUAAGCAUUGUGUCACUGCUCCUUCUGGAGACAAGUCUUUAUCCUACAUUCAUACUCUCAAAAAAACAACUGUUGGACCACAGUCUUCAGGACAUCUUGAAAGACAAGAGAAUAUCAUGGAAAACUCAAGAGAGAGAUAUGAGGAAAAUGAUUCCCUUCUGGCUAUCCUCAAAAAAGAACAGUAUCCUUUGAGCUUGACUAUAAUAGACAAACUGCAGGAAGAAUGCAAGGUUUUUGACAGCAGAGUUUCAGGAUUUCUAUCUUGGGCACAGCUGAACCACUUGCUCUUAAAACACGAAGUCCCUCUGCAAUUGCCAACAGUCAAACUCCUUUUCAUGAAGUUUGCAAAUGCAAAUGCUCAAGAAUUGGUAAAUUAUGAAAAGCUGCUCCAAUUUUUAAGAGGAGUGGCAGCAAGUACAGCACAACAAACACAAUCCCUUCCAGAGAAGACUGAAUAUGUAAAGAAUCAAAGGAAAAGUUCUUGGACUCCAGAAGAUGCACUGCAGACUCUGAAGCAAAUGCUGAAAGAUCAUAAAGGAGGAAUGAACUUAGGAAAACUAAGGCUGGAUUUUAUGCAACAAGACAAAUCUUUCUCAGGUCUUCUUUCACUCUCUGAGAUUGACAUGAUUUGCCAUAUGAAUGGGUUACCUCUCUAUCCUGGUAUGUUAGGAGUUUUGGCUGUCACCUAUGAUUUGAGCAGAAGAGACAGAAUACUGUGGAACUCAUUUGUGGAGUUUCUGAAGAAAGUCCAGUCUGGGAUAGACUCUGCAUCACUUUUUUCUAAAAGAAGCAAUAAGGAGAAAGGUGAAGAUAAUAAUCAGAAGGGCAACAAACAUCACAAAGAUCUUUCCACCGAACCUUGGGAGGAAAUGAAUCCUAACACAUCUGAUUCCAGUGAUUUUGAGAAACGAGAUGCCUGGAUAGACCGCUUUGGAAAAUUGGAGAAAGCUCUUUAUUUGUCUGAUGUCAAAAAUACAGGCAAGUUGGAAAAAGAGAAAGCCAAGCGCUUGAUCCAUAACUACAAUCAAAUUUAUGACCUGUGCCUUAGCCCACUAAAAAUUGAUAAAGCAUUUCGACCUUUCCGUCCUGGACAAGACAUGGCACUGGAACCUCUACUACAAUACUUGAAGGAGCUCUAAAAAUCUGUACAACUAAUAUGAUAAUCAUGAGUGUACUUGUCCAUGUUUCAGUUCUAUUUAUCCACUGCUAGUCAUGCAAUAUAUGCAUACCUCUCCCCAUCAUUAAGCCUUUAUUUUCAAAUGAGAGGGGGGAAAAGUCACACAGAUAAUACACAAUGGAUGGAAUUCUGUUAAAGACAUAUAUAUAUAUAUACAAAAGUAUCCCUUAGACAUGCCCUUUUCCAAUGCUUCUUAACUAACAGUAGUUUGGAGGGUACUUGCAACUCUUUGAAGGAGCAAUCUGAAAAUGUAAAUGCAACAGUGGAAUAUCUAGGUGACAUAUAAUGGUCAUGGGGGAGUAAAACCUUACUUUGAGAUCUCAGAUCUUUUAAUUGCAUGUAAGCUGCCUUGGAUCUCAAGCAACAAGAAAGGCAUGAUAUCAAUUAAUACAUUAAGUAAUUAACACAGAGUUGAUAGUGCCUACAUUGUAGAGCAGUUGGGUGGAGGGAUGUCAGUAAUUAUAUACAAUAAAAGAGAUGUGACAUGAUUAUAUACAAUAAAAGAGAUGCCUACAUGAUUUGAGAAAUAAAUAUGACUAAAAUCCUGUUUGCUAGGCCCAACCAGUGUAGACCCAUUCACUGAACUGUUGAAUGGGAAUUUGACAUAUAGCAAAUCUCAUUGAUUAUAGUCACUAUUCAGGUUAAACAACAGAAUAGAGACUCGCAUCUACCUCAAACACUAAUGAUUUUGUGGCACUUUAAAAGCAUAGGCUGUGAUUUUGAAUGAUUUGCAUAGCUGUGUAACCACCUUAACUGUAUAGCUAACCAGUGUCCCCCAGCAUCACCUGCUCAAUUGGUAGGCAGCAGUCAUUGGGAGCAACAGGGGUCUAUUCCCUUGCUAAUUGGGAAGCUGCUGAUUGAUAUUUCCAGCUCCUAACAUGAGAAACAGGAUCUUUGUUCCUUUGUAUAAAACGGAGUUUCUCAAACUGUGCUCCUCCAGAUGUUUUGGCCUUCAGCUCCCACAAUUCCUAACAGCUGGUUAGCUGGCUGGAAUUUCUGGGACCAGAAGUCCAUAGAAUAUAGAGUUGGAAAAGACCUUAUGGGCCAUCCAGUCCAACCCCCUGCCAGGAAGCAGGAUAAUCGCAUUCAAAGCACCCCUGACAGAUGGCUAUCCAGCCUUUGCUUAAAAGCCUCUAAAGAAGUCUAAAACACCUGGAGGAGCACAGUUUGAGAAACACUGGUAUAAAGGAUUGCUCAUGGGAUGGGGGUUGAAAUGUCAGUCAAGUCCUUCUCGACAGGGGAAUGGACACCUGCUCUCAGUGUGGUUUCUGCCCAAUAAGGGAGAAUCAUGGGUGUGCCGUCGCGCCUGGGGCUGUAAACUCUUAGUGAAAGAGGCAUGGACGUGACAUCUUUCCCCAGGGGAUUGCUUCUUGCCCUCCUUUAGGGAAACUGGAACUCCCAAGGACCAAAACACUGUAGAUAACUCAAAAACUGGGUUUAUUCUUCACAAAGGGGGUAAAAGAAAAUAUACAUUACAGUCUUUGGUUGUUUAAGUCCAUGAAGCUUGUCCAGAUCCCUCUUUCUCUGGCUGUGAAUGCCGGAGCAAACUCAGCCUCAGUCCAAUGACCUAUAUCUGAAGACAAGAGUCUUCCUCUGUUGCCAAAGGACUGAUGUGAAGGCGCUUGAGACUCCUCAACGUUGUUCAGGUUGGCCCUGAACAUGAAGUGUGAGUCCCAAGGGUAAGAACCUCAGAAUUGGUGCUGAGAGGUAACUUUUGAAGGGCUUUUAGCGCCAAGUCUCUCUCUCACGUCCAUCCGAUAUAGAGCUUGCUGGUGGAAUGAAAAGGAGGAAACACAGUCCUAUUCCAGGAAGAGGUGGAGCCAAACAGUUUUGCUGAGUGAGCAAUAUAGGUACAAACAACAUUGAUUGACAGAUAUAAAUAACCAAUCCAACUACAUUUACAGGGUAAGGGCAAAAUCAGGCAUGAUACAGCAAUUCAAAUCUUGAAACUUAUAGUUUGACAUAUAAAUGGCGCCACUCGCGCCGUCACAAUGGGACUUUAUGGUAACACUGUAUUUCCUUAGUGAGCGAACACAUAGGGAUCCCUAGUGAAUACAUAAGGAUUGUGAAUAUGAAUGAGUCAUAAAUGUAUAAUUCUAGUUUAAUGAAUUCCAACCAUGGACUUUGUUAUAAAUGUAGAAUUCUAUAGAUCCUCAACAAUGAAAUACUUAUUCAAAGUAACUUUAAAUUUUACAGAUCAAUCUUUCUCCAACCAGCCCCAUUUUUGGAAAUGAAGUUUUUCCAUCUGUUUGUCUUGCUUUCCCAUCUGUUGCUGAAGACUUAUAGUUUUGUUCAAUAUGUUUACAAGUGUUGGUUUUUAAAAGCAAUUCUAAUAUUGAAUGGUUUGCUUCUUCAAAGAUCAAUUGGAUAGAUAGAAUUCUAAAGAAAAAAUGUUUCUAAAUUGUGAACCAGAUGGAUGAAAUAAUUGGGCACAGAAAAAGGUGAAUGUAGAUGAAAGUACAGGAAGAGAGUGGCAUUAAUAUUUUAAAACAAUGCUAACUUAAAUCAGUAGUACUUAUUCUCCUCUGUUCAGCACUACAUAAUAAAAAUGGCUUACUCACCUUACUAAAGAUGCUGAUUUAACUGUUACGGCUUUAUUCCAUCAAUAGAACAAUAGCAAUUGUUUUGUAAAUGAAUUAAGAGAUGGGGGACAUACCGUUAGAGAUAAAUAUUUGUCAGACAUCAUUAAAGGCAACGCAAUAGAGUGUAAGUUUUA